AUGUCGACAUUACCUUACCUUACGCUACUAAUUGGAGCACACGCCCGCCUACCGCACCGCACCGCACCGCACCGCACCUACACUACCCACCUAUCUAUACCCAACCCCCGACCCCCGAGUCCAAGCAGCGACUCUCGACGUUCGUUUCCGUCCUUGGCUGCCCAAAGCACAAAGCCCACCGGCGCCGCCGCUCUCUUCGGUCCAUUUGUGCUAUUGGCUCUCAAAUCUCUCCGCGAAUCCCACACGCUACCGCCGGUACCCGUGCCUCUCUGCUCUUUUCAACGGGCUCCCGAACGCCAGCACCCGAGUGCAGUGCAGUCCGAUAUCGUGACGGCAACCACCGCAUAUCCCACGAACUUGUUUCUUUUUCCUAAGCCCUUUUGGUUUCGCCGCGAUACGUCCGACCGACCAACCUAUCAGCAUUCCUCUGCACACUCGCUCGCCAAUUGGCUCUUCGAUACCACCCCGUUUCGGCCCGCGUUCUGA